ACGUUGGCGGAAUUCACUCUCAUCCGUAUGGAUAAUAUCUUCAUAUGAAUAUUGAUUUUGUGACAGCCUUUAUCUCAAAUAAAUUAAGUUGCAGCAAUAACAGCUUAAUCUUAUAAAUCAUUGCCGUAUUAUAAUAUAUUAUUGUGAUAUUCCAGAUUGAAGAUACCAUAUUUCACCAUGCCACCACCACAAAAGGGAAAAGCACCGACAAGAGGUGCCAAGCAAAUACUGUCGGAAAAUGGAGCCACUGUCCUUUUCUACCGAAACAUGUCACUGGGUGCUAGCGGCCUAUACAAUGUCAUUACUUUUAUUUUCUUCUAUCAUAACAUGUCAUAUCUUAUGAUGACUAUGAAUAUAGUUGCCACAAUAAUCUACAUCAUAUGCUAUCAGUUGAUGAGAUUUAUUAGCCGACCUCGAUACUCUGAAGAUGGCCAUCAUCUGGUCGACCCUGGCCUUGAUCUUAACAUGGAUGGAGGAAUGGGAGAGCAUCUAAAGGAUGUUGUGAUACUUACGUCGCUCAUACACCUCUCAGCUCUUAUAUCGAACUUUUUCUGGCUCCUACUUCUUCUAAUUCCGUUAAGGGCUUUCUGGCUGAUUUGGAUGAACAUCCUUUCCCCCUGGAUCUUCGAAGAGGUCCCCGAGGAUACUGAACAAGACGAAAAGAAACGAAAAAAAAUGGAAAGGAAGAUGAAAAGAUAUCAACAAUAAGUUAACAUAUCAUUAAUUUAUACUAUCGGAAUUUUUGUUAUUUAAUUUGGAAUGUUUCUUAUGUGUCCUUGUUGUAUAUUUUUGUUUAUAUGGUAUGUUUUAUAAUAAUUUAUUUGGAGCAAGGCUUAUGUGAUGUAGUAACUAAAUAUGAUUUAGUUUUUGUAAACUUAGGGCUGGUUUUUUUAUUCGUCAGAUAGAAGUUAUUCAUCUAAUAAACGACUGAAUGAAAAAGUGAAACCAUUGAGCUAUUUAAUUCAUACAACUAUAAUUUUAAAUUUCUUUAUGUUGUAUUUUAUCCUAUGAAUUAAUUUUAUCUGAGUAUUGAAUAAUCAGCUUUUAAUUUGAUAAUUUUGGAUAAUAGUUUCAUAAUCUUUAUUAUGUUAUAUAUAUAUAUAUAUAUAUUAACUAAUUGUGUACUUGAUAGUUUGAAGAGGUAGACUUUAUUUGCUCUGUCAGUUACAUCAAAUACCACGUACAAAUUUGAAUAUUAUAUUUAAUUUUAUUGUAAAAAAAUAUGUUCAAUUAGUUGAUAAUAAGUAAUUUACUUAGUUGUUUAAUUCAAUUUAAUGAAAAAAUAUUUUACUAUUUAAUUUGUAACUGUAAGUUGUUGACUGAGCUGUAACAAGUUAUUUUGUACAUAAUAUAUAUUUUAGUUUCAACAAAUAAGAUUUGAAUAUAUAUAUUUUUUGUUUUCGAUUUUCUUUGUCUUUCCAUUCGUUUUUGUUUCUACCACUGCAAGUAUAUGAUAUUUACUUACACAACAAAAACCAUUAAAUAUAGAGCAAGUUAAUAACUUAAUCUAUAUUUAUAUAUUUAGGAUUUUGUGUAUAUUAUCAUGGAUUUUCUUUUAUUUUAUAAUUUUUUUAUAAUUAAAUAUAUAAAUUAUUUAUUAAAUUUUUGUAAAAAGACAAUUAGUAUUCUACCUCGGGCAAAUUAACGUCAAUGUUUUCUUCAUAAAUUCAUUAGUUUUUCCUUUCAUUUAUUUUAUAUUAUAACUAAUAACCUACUACGACUUACAUUUUUGCAUUUGUACCUUUAUUUAUAAGAUAGAUUAUAUCGAUAUAGGUUUUUUUACUUAAUUUUUGUAAGGAUUAAAUAAGUAAGAGCGCGCCUUCAUUGGCUGAUACCGCUGACGAUAUAUCGUCACCGACACGAUGUAUAUAUACAUCACACACACACCGAUAUUAUCUAGAAGCUGUUUCAUUCAACUACACACUGAUACCGUUAUCGUUAUCCUUGACUAGAUUGCUAUUUUAUUCUAUUUGUUAAAUGAUUUAUAUUUAUUAUUUUAUUUUUACCUACGUCGUAUAAAAAGAAAACUUAACUUUAAAGGAGCUUAUCAUACAUAAUUCGACAAGAGAAAGCUAGAUAAAGAUUAGUUUAAAUUUUACGUUUUCGUUCCAAAAUUUUCUUAGUUACAUUACAAAUAUAAAUAAACAGCGUAGUUUAAGUAUACAUUUAUUUAUUUAUUAUAAAUAUAAAUUAGCACGUCACGCAUACGUGUUCCCGUGUAUAUUUACAUCACACGUUAUUUUAUCGGGACGAUUCUGUGGGAUGCGGACGUGGUACCGACAAGUCACUGAUAACCUGUCGGCAACGAUAUAUCGGUAUCGUGUCGGUCAAUGAAAAAGCAACAUAGGUACAUAUAUUUCAGUGCCCCGAUAUCGGUGAAACUGUAUCAGCGACGAUAUAUCAUUAUCGUGUCGGCAAGUGAAUAAACACUAGUUUUAAAUACGUUUCCUAUCUGAAGAAAAAUACAUUUAAAUACUUAUUCCAAAAUGUUUCUUUCGGUUAACAACUGUAAAUCAGAAUAUCACUAUUAACUAUGUAAUUUUUUUAGAAAACUAAUACAUUCUUAUACUAUGUCAAUUUUCCGAGUGCCAUCCUGAACAAACCAGUUGGAUGGUUUUUCUGAUUUACAGUAGGUGCAUCGGUUAGCCAUAAUUUAAACCAAUUUUAUCUGAGUCAUAUUGGUUGUUUGCGUUCUUAAAAAUACUCUUAUCAGUUUUGAUCUAGAAUCAAGAAUAUGCAAGUGGAAUAAGGCCCAGAGUUACAGGGUUGGCUAUUGCAACGCAUUAGCAUAUGGCAAAAUAGCGUUCUUAUAAAACUGUUACUAUUUGUCCCAAUCGGAAUUAUAAAUCAACAAUAUCCGUAAUAUAGAUGUCAAUCUAAGUGCAUCGGCAGUAUCGAAACCGUAAGAUUAAAGUUCACCGAAUUAUAAUGCGAAUACUAAGUUAGAGCAUUGCAAAGCAAAAUGCACCUUUUGUUCGCAUAGUAGAUGGUCCAAAUUGAUUCUAACAUGUGUUUACUCGAUGUGUAUUUUAUUCAUACCGUUUUCGCUAUCUGCAUGCUUUCGACAAAGUUUUGACGGCUUCGUGGCGCAACUUGUCGCAACGUGUCGCGACCAUAGAUUUAGGUUGCGACGCUGAGAGCCGCGGACAUGUGUUUUUAUGGUCUACAAAUAGUUGUUCCGAUAAAACUAAUUCAAAAAGUUGAGUUAUAUUGUUUUGUCGAAAUAAAAUUUGAAAAAUUAAUUAACACAGGGAAUUUUAUAGUAUGCAUUUAAAAUGUCGUAGGUUUGGGGCUCAUUUUAUAAUAGUAGUUUUAAUAUUACUAUCAUACUGUCCGUCUUCUUGAAAUGUAAACUUGUCAGUAUUUGAAUAUCCUGUUAAGAGGGAAAUAUAUAUUAAUAAUGUGUGUUAGGAUACGGUAAAGUGGUGUUUUGUACUUAAUGUAUUUCUGCAUUAAUAUAAAUGUUAAAUGUAUUGUCGUAUAAUAUGAAACAAUAUCAUCGUAUUUCAGGUGCUUGAAAGACUAUGUAAGAUUGAUUUGAAAAAUCGACUAGUUGGUAUGUGAUGGUAAGAUGGGCUUUAAGGAGGUAAAUCGUUUUGAAUACCUUAAAUUGUGAACUGAUGGGAACCGAAUUUAUGUAGAAGAAACUACAGGCGUUGUGAUGUCCUCAUUAACAGAUUUGGUACAAAAUUUUUAAAAGGAACAACCAUGUUGCCAGGUUUUAAUAUUAUCUAAAAUGUUGCGUAUUGAAAUCGUGCACCUGGAAUAUUUUCUCCAUUAUGAAUUUCAAAGGUUGCUUUCUUAGUAGAUAAUCUAUAAAAUACUAUGUAUUGGUGUAAGACUUUAAUGUCGAUGUAAUCGUAGUUAUAAGAUUGUCCCGCCCGACAAAGGGUGCAAACUGAGUGGCGAGCGUGUAGCGGGUCCGGGAUAUCGGCGUGCAUGACAUCUCUUAAGGUAGGGUGCCACACUGGUGCCGCUUACGCUACGUAUGCGUCAUAUCUUUCCCACGUUGGUGUACACACUUGAACUACGUAUGCAAUGUACGUAGGGCGUCAGUGUCACUUGUCACUUCUAACUUCUAAGACUCAAUUUACAUUGCGGCGGAACGGAAGUUUCAAUUUCGCCUCGUCGCGCGACAAUUCUGCGAAGACUGCGCGUUGAGGUUAUAGAUGACGUUCAUUUAUUUAGUCUAGAUCUUUAAUUUGGCAAGAAUUGUUGACUGAACUGGAAGAAUUGUCAGGUCUACUUUGCGUCGGACGCGUGUGAUUACGUCCAGAUAAUGCGUUGCAUACGUUGCGUACAUAGGAGCAGUCCUGUAUCUACCUUUAUAAUAUUGUAGUAACCUUUAUUAAUGUGGCCGCUGGCAGAAUGUAUUCCACACGCGCCACUACAUCCCAUGUCCCGUCUAACGCUCAGCACUCACUUAGGCCUUGGGCCAGGUAAGUGUUAUGAUUUUAGUGGUGUAUAGAGUAGCUUUGAAAAUAUUUUUUUUUACACUUAUCCCUACCCUUGACAAGAGUGUGGAUAUUAGCACUAUAUUCAGAACUCUCAAUGCUACAGUGUCAGUUAUAUUUUAAUCGUAAGUAUUGAGUAAAUACGAAUUCUUAGAUUUUUUAAUUUCUUUACUGGCAUAAUUUAAAAGUUAAGUUAAAACCUGACUGAUUUCUCAAAAUGCAACCUGGGGCCAUGGCCCACUGGCCUACCUUCAUGCGCCACUGUACCGAUUCAUUAGUACCUAAUUAGUGUAGGGAUUUGUUGAAGAGAUAGCGUAGGUACCAAUUUUGACAUCGAAAAAGUGCUUUGUAAAUCCCAAUUUUAAACGAAACAUAUUUUAAGUGUGUGGCCAGUGUUUGUUAAAAUUUCACAGGUGUCAAUUUUAAAUCUUACUAGUUUCAAUAUAAUGAAGUACCAUUUACUAUAGUACUGGUAUAUGUAGAAGAUUUUACGAAGCCUGCAGGAUUUAGGAUUCAGGAUUCAUUAAAGUUCGUGUUCUAUUUUUUAUUACAAUUAUAACAUGGUGUCUGAAAAUUCGGCCAUAUUUAUCAGCCGUUGAAAUUGAAACUAGGUACAUAUGUACUUAUUAUAAAGUUUGUGAAAACGACCUCAAUAUGUUCCACGUUUGGUCAAAUAAUUAACUCUUAGUUUCAAUGCUGCCUGUUACAGCAGCUGAACAAUGGCCUUCCCAUAAAUUGCCUCAUAAUGGGGAUAUUUGCUGUAAUUUCCACGCUAGGCGGCGCGUUUGUAAAAGUUUUUUUUCAUGAUGUUAUAGAAAGACUGAAUGAAAGAAUUAUGACCGACGGGGUGAUAUUAUGGGAUAGUGGCUACUCUUACGAGUAUAUGCCUACUAUAAAAUAGUUUACCCACUUUGCUUGACCUAAAAUACAAAGUUUGGAACUCUAAACCUCAGUUCAUAUGCGCGAUUUACUCUCUUAAAUAUUAGAUAUAUCGUUUAAAUUUUCAAUAAGUCUAGUCUAUUUCAAAUGUCCUAUACAUCACUACUUCAUAACAUAUUGAUGUUUUAUAUGAUAAGAAUCAUUUCAACUGCUGUAUAACUUAUUUAUUACACAUUCGUACGGUACUAUGCAUGCUGUGGUAUUUAUCAUCUACUAUACGUAUCUACCUCACGCGUAGUACAUUACGUGUGAUCUAAGAUACUACCUUUAUAUGUAUAGUACAUGUAACGGACUUAGUCGGUAAUUCUGAGAUCUGUAUACCACGAUCUUGUCAUUCACUAUUCAGUAUAGUUACUAUACUCGUAUACUUUAUAUGUGUCACAAUAAAUGUUUU